CUGGCAAUAGAAAGUGAAACUUAACAUUCACACAUCAAGGGGAGAAAUGGCGCAGCAAAUUAUUCAGCUGGAUCGAGAAAAACUGAGCUGUUCAAUCUGUUUGGACCUGCUGAAGGAUCCAGUCACUAUUCCCUGUGGACACAGCUAUUGCUUGGGCUGCAUUAAAAACUACUGGGAUGAGGAGAAGAAAGCACACAGCUGCCCUCAGUGCAGGCAAAGCUUCACACCAAGGCCUGUUCUGGUAAAAAGUACCAUCUUAGUGGAGCUGGUGGAUGAACUAAAGAAAGCAGAGCUUCAAGAUCCUUCACCUGGUCAUUCGUAUGAUGGACCUGGAGAUGUGGCCUGUGAUUUCUGUACCGGGGGGAAUCUGAAAGCCAUCAUGUCCUGUCUGAUUUGUAUGGCUUCGUACUGUGAGCUGCACCUCCAGCCUCACUACAACAUAGCUCCAUUAAAGAAGCACAAGCUGAUCAAAGCCACUUCAAAGCUUCAGGACAACAUCUGCAGUCGCCAUGACGAGGUGAUGAAGAUUUUCUGCCGCACUGAUCAGAAAUGCAUCUGUUAUCUCUGCUCUUUGGACGAGCAUAAAGGCCAUGAUACAGUCUCAGCUGCAACAGAAAGAGCUGAAAGGCAGACGGAGCUCGAGGUGAGUCGGCAAAAAAUCCAACAGAGGUUUCACGACAGAGAGAAAGAUGUGAAAGUACUUCAGCAAGAGGUGGAGGCCAUCAAUCUGUCUGCUGAUAAAGUUGUAAAAGAGAGUCAGAAGUUCUUCAAAGACUUGAUCAGUCUCAUUGAGAUACAAAGCUCAGAGGUGAAGCAGAAAAUCAGAUCCCAGCAGGAAGCUGAAGUUAGUCGAGCUGAAGAACUUCAGAAGAAGAUGCAGCAGGAGAUCACUGAGUUAAAAAGGAAAGAUGCUGAACUAGAGCAGCUCUCAUCAACAGAAGACCAUCUCCAUUUUCUAAACAGCUACCCAUCACUGUCACAUCUAAGUGACAGUACAGACUUACCCAGGACUCACCACACUCUCCGAUACUUUGAGGAAGUAGCUGCAGCUGUGUCAGAGGCCAGAGAUACGCUGCAGAAGGCUCUGAGUGAAGAAUGCUGGAAAAUCUCAGGUGCAGUAAAACAUGUAGAAGUUUUGUUGAGUCAAGGAGAGCCCGAUACCAGAGAGGAAUUUCAGAAAUAUUACUCUGAAAUCACACUGGAUCCAAAUACUGUGAAUACACGUUUAUUGUUGAACGAUACAAACAGAAAAGCAACAUUAGGAUUAAAGGAACAGUUUUAUCCAAGUCACUCGGACAGAUUUGUUGAACGGUGGCAGGUCCUGAGUGUGACGGGUCUGAGUGGACGUUGCUAUUGGGAGAUGAAGUGGAGUGGGAAAGUUAUAGUGGCAGUUGCAUACAAGGAUAUCAGCCGUGCUGGGACCAGGGAUGAAUGUGGACUAGGACUAAAUGAUAAGUCUUGGGCAUUGACGUGUUCAACCACUGGUUAUGAAUUCAGACAUAACAACAUUUCCACUUCCAUCUCAGGUCCCAAGUCCUGCAGAAUAGGGGUGUAUUUGGAUCACAGAGCAGGUAUUCUGUCUUUCUACAGCAUCUCUGACACAAUGACUCUCCUCCACAAAGUUCAGACCAGGUUCACUCAGCCUCUCUAUCCUGGAUUCUGGAUUCCAUACAAUCCUGGAGACACUGUUGAGUUGUGUGAUUUAAAAUAAACAAGAGUGAUUAAUCUACGUUGUUGUUGUUGUUAUGAGCAAAAGGCAGUUGGUUCUAAUAAUCAGAUAGUUAUUUAUAGCUGUAUACAGAUGUGGAUUUAAGUUUGUUACUUUGGACACUGUAAUAUGGCCAAAUGAACACAAUUCAAAAAUGUGAUUUUAGUUUAAUCACAUAUUCAUUUACUUAAAUUAACCUUUUAGUACCUGGAUACACUGGAUACUUUUAUCUCGUGAGGAUAAAGAGAAUUUACUGUAAAGCUGCUGUUAGUUAAACAAUUUUU